CGCCACUUCCGAAUCCCGCCUCUGCCCGCGGAGAACCCCCCGCGCUCAACGCUGAGUCACCGUUGCCAUCGGCUUGAGCACCUAUUUCCGUCGAAGAAAGAUAGAGCGAUGACAGGAGUCUCCGAGGGCCGGCGUGGCAAGAGAACAUUCUAACAAAGGUUGCGUUAUCCACGACAUGCGCAGCUGCAUUCGGAAUUUCCCCAAAACUUCCAUGUCAUCUACGGCGGAAUCGCUGAAUCGCUGAAUCGCCAAAGUACUAAAAGUGCUUAAAUUCAGACGAUGGCAGCUGCUGUACGCAGCGUCGCCCGUAGCCUCCGGGCCGGCAAACUGCAGGUAGCUCCGACAAAUCGGACGGUCUCGUGGCAAGUGAGAUGCGCUUCUGGGGCUGCCGCGAUCCGCACACCUGCCGAGCCGGCGCCACCACCAAGUCCGAAAAUACGCGCUACCGAAGACCCGGCUCCCUUCCGGCAAGAGGACUCGAAUCCUGAUGGCUCGGCCCGUUCUCCGGCGCAUUCGGCAGUCGCCCCGCGUCGGGACCGCAUCCGGGAUGCCAAGCCCUUUUCCGACUUCCUCACGGAUACCUUCCAUCGACAACACGACUAUCUGCGCAUCUCGGUCACAGAACGGUGUAACUUACGAUGCCUGUACUGCAUGCCCGAGGAGGGCGUGCCCCUCUCACCCUCCCGGGAACUAUUGACAACGCCCGAGAUCGUCAUGCUCUCUUCCCUCUUCGUCUCCCAGGGCGUAACCAAAAUCCGCCUCACCGGAGGGGAGCCGACAGUCCGGCGGGACAUUGUGCCCCUGAUGCAGCAAAUCGGGGCGUUACGCACCCACGGACUGCGGGAGUUGUGCCUGACUACCAAUGGGCUCUCACUACACCGCAAACUCGAGCCCAUGGUCGAGGCUGGCCUGACGGGCGUCAAUCUCUCCCUCGACACGCUGGAUCCGUGGCAGUUUCAGCUUAUGACGCGGCGGGCAGGGUUCAACGCCGUUCAGAAAACCAUCGACCGCAUCUUCGAGUUGAACCGCGCCGGGGCGGGCAUCAAGUUCAAGAUAAACUGUGUCGUCAUGCGCGGGAUGAAUGACCGCGAAAUCCUCCCGUUUGUGGAGUUGACGCGGGAAAAGGAUGUCGAGGUGCGCUUUAUCGAAUACAUGCCGUUCGAUGGCAACAAAUGGAAUGAGGGCAAGAUGUUCAGCUACCAGGAAAUGCUGGAUCGGAUCCGUUCUCGGUACCCAGGUCUCGAGCGAGUUCAAGGUCAUAAGAACGACACCAGCAAGACCUUUCAAGUGCCCGGAUUCACGGGCAGACUUGGAUUCAUCACGAGCAUGACACACAACUUCUGCGGCACCUGCAACAGGCUUCGUAUCACGAGCGAUGGGAACCUGAAAGUGUGCUUGUUUGGGAAUGCCGAGGUCUCUCUGCGGGACAUCGUACGGAAGGUCAACAAGGGCGAGCCCAUCGACGAAGCGGCAUUCGAAGCGCUGGAGCAAGCCGCCGUGGAGAAGGUAGCGAGCCUUCCCGCCGACUCCCAGGCCCUAGUGGUGCCCAACUCCGAGGAGCUUCUCAAUGUCAUCGGCACGGCCGUCAAGGGGAAGAAAGAGAAACAUGCCGGCAUCGGGGAGCUGGAACACAUGAAGAACCGGCCGAUGAUAUUAAUUGAUCGGUUACCAUCUCAACAGCGUCCCAGGGGUCACUUACGGCGACGUCACGUUGGUCUGCCAUCGACUCCUCGUCAACUCAAUAAACCCGCAGGCCAGCUACCGGCGUUCAUGAUACCCUCACAUGCUACCACAACCUACCUCCAGUACCGCCUCUUCUCAACCACCGCUAACCGUCCUCUCAACAACAACGAAAACAACGACGACAACAAGAACAGCAGCAGCAACACCAACAACCCCACCCCACCACCACCACCACCACCACCCCCAUCAGCCCCCAAACUAACGCACCUCACCGCCUCAGGCUCAGCACACAUGGUCUCGAUCGCCGACAAGACCCCCACAAGACGCGUCGCGCAGGCCAAGUGUGCGGUGCGCUUCUCGUCGCGCGCGCCGCUGGCGCUGAUCCGCGCCAACCAGAUGCGCAAGGGCGACGUACUGGGCGUGGCGCGCGUCGCGGGCCUGAUGGCGGCCAAGCGCACGCCCGAUCUCAUCCCGCUGUGUCAUCCUGUGGCGUUGACGCAUGCGGAGGUGGAGUUGGUUUUGUGUGAAGGUGGUGGUGGUGGUGAUGAAGAGGGGGGUGGAAAAGGGGAGGGGGGUGAGGUGGGAGGGAAGGGGGCCGAUGAGGUGCAGAUUACGGCGACGGUGUCGUGUGAUGGCAAGACGGGUGUUGAGAUGGAGGCGCUUACGGCUGCGGGGGCGGCGGCGUUGACGGUUUAUGAUAUGUGCAAGGCGGUGGAUAAGGGGAUGGUUAUUGGGGGGUUGAGGGUGGUGUUGAAGGAGGGAGGAAAGAGUGGGCGGUGGGUGGAGGGGGAGAAGUCAGAGUGAUGGGGUUGUUGCUGUUGUUGGCGGCACCCGUGGAUGGGUGUGUCUGGUCAGGGGCGUGGUUGUUGUUUACUUGGAAAAGGGGCA